UUGGCCUCCUCUCUCGCUCGCUCUCUUGCUGCACCUGUUGCACCCCCAACAACUCUCUCUCACUGCCAGUGUGUCCAGCAAAGUGAGAUUACAGCUUGAGCUCAUCUCUUCGAUCCAAGCUCCACACCUCGAACCACCGACCUGCCAAACUCGUUUGAUUCAUAGAUACCUUUUGUUUGGGAUCUUGGCCACUUUGGGUUUUGGGUUGUAUAAAAUCAGCAUGCGGGGAGCCAUGAAGCCGUCGAUCGUGCACUGCAUCAAGCUGCUCAUGCUGCUGGUGCUCGGCGGGGUCACCAUGCACGUCCCCGACGAGGACGUGGUCGCGUCGCUGGGGGCGCUACGCCUCGACGGCCAUUUCAGCUUCGACGACGCCCAGGGCGCCGCCCGGGACUUCGGCAACCGGUGCAGCCUCCUGCCGGCCGCGGUGCUCCACCCGGCCUCGGUGUCCGACAUCGCCGCCACCGUCAGGCGCGUGUUCCUGCUGGGCAGGCACUCGCCGCUCACCGUCGCGGCGCGCGGGCACGGCCACUCGCUCCUCGGCCAGUCCCAGGCCGCCGGCGGGAUCGUCGUGAAGAUGGAGUCCCUCGCCGCCGGCGCCACGGCGGUGCGGGUGCACGGCGGCCCGUCGCCUCACGUGGAAGUCCCGGGCGGCGAGCUCUGGAUCAACGUGCUGCAUGAGACGCUCAAGCACGGGCUGGCGCCCAGGUCAUGGACCGACUACCUCCAUCUCACAGUCGGUGGCACCUUGUCGAAUGCGGGGGUCAGCGGGCAGGCGUUCCGGCAUGGACCGCAGGUCAGCAAUGUCAACCAACUGGAGAUUGUGACAGGAAGGGGAGAUGUUGUCACCUGCUCACACGAGGAGAACUCCGACCUCUUCUACGCUGCUCUUGGCGGCCUGGGCCAGUUUGGGAUCAUCACCAGAGCUCGGAUUGCUCUUGAACCUGCUCCAAAGAUGGUAAGGUGGAUACGUGUUCUCUACUCGGACUUUGAGACCUUCACCGAGGACCAGGAGAUGCUGAUCACGGCUGAGAAGACCUUCGACUACAUCGAAGGGUUUGUGAUCAUAAACAGGACAGGCAUCCUCAACAACUGGAGGAGCUCCUUCAAGCCACAGGACCCAGUUCAGGCAAGCCAAUUCCAAUCGGAUGGAAGAGUGCUAUACUGCCUUGAGAUGACGAAGAACUUCAACCAUGAUGAGGCUGGCAUCAUGGAACAGGAAGUUGGUGCGCUGCUAUCUCGACUCAGAUACAUAUCGUCCACUCUAUUCUACACCGAUGUCACGUACCUGGAGUUCUUGGACAGGGUGCACACCUCUGAGCUGAAGCUGAGGGCUCAAGGCCUCUGGGAAGUUCCACACCCGUGGCUCAAUCUUCUGAUCCCAAGGAGCACAAUCCACAAAUUUGCGAGAGAAGUCUUCGGCAAGAUCCUAAAAGAUAGCAACAAUGGUCCCAUACUGCUUUACCCAGUGAACAGAACGAAGUGGGACAACAGAACGUCAGUAGUCAUACCAGAUGAAGAAAUUUUCUACCUGGUUGGGUUCCUAUCUUCAGCGCCAUCAGCCUCAGGCCAUGGUAGUGUCCAACAUGCAAUGAACCUGAACAACCAAAUAGUGGACUUCUGUGAGAAGAAUGGUAUUGGGAUGAAACAGUAUCUAGCACCCUACACUACACAGCAGCAGUGGAAAGCCCACUUUGGAGCAAGGUGGGAGACAUUUGAACGGAGGAAACACACGUAUGAUCCCCUAGCAAUCCUUGCUCCAGGUCAGAGAAUAUUUACAAAGGCAUCGCUACCUAUGUCUUUGUGACAGUAUAUGCUAUUGAUAGGCUUUUGUAGAGCAUAUGAUGUACAAAAAUGUAGCGAAAAUAUCCUUUGUAAAGACAAGAUCUACGGAAGGUAGCCUAAAGAACACAGCAGGGCGACCAGUAGACUAGAAGUAGUGGAAGAUACCUCACAGUUGUCUUCAAAGUAAAG